AUGGCGGACAGAUACUCCUUCUCCCUCACCACCUUCUCACCCAGCGGAAAGCUGGUCCAGAUUGAAUAUGCUUUGAAUGCCGUCAAUCAGGGCGUUACCUCACUAGGAAUCAAGGCCACCAAUGGCAUCGUCCUCGCAACGGAAAAGAAAUCGUCAUCACCGCUCAUUGACUCGCAAUCCUCGUCCAAGAUCAGUCUCAUAACGCCUAAUCUCGGCAUGGUCUACUCAGGCAUGGGCCCCGAUUAUCGCGUCCUUGUCGACAAGGCACGCAAGGUCUCGCAUACUGGAUACAAACGUGUCUACAACGAAUACCCACCAACGAGGAUAUUAGUCCAAGACGUGGCGAGGGUCAUGCAGGAGGCUACGCAAUCAGGUGGUGUCCGGCCGUACGGCGUCAGUCUGCUUAUUGCGGGUUGGGAUGAUGGAAUUGAGCCCGAGGCCGAGGCCAAGAGCGACGAACAGACGAGUGAAGAGAAGAAGAAGGUCAGUGGCAAGACGGGCGGUAUUCUCAAGGGUGGGCCCAGUCUAUAUCAGGUCGAUCCUAGCGGCAGCUACUUCCCCUGGAAAGCAACGGCCAUAGGCAAGAGUGCAACGAGUGCAAAGACAUUCUUGGAAAAGCGAUACACGGACGGUCUGGAGCUUGAGGACGCGAUCCACAUUGCCCUCCUCACCCUCAAGGAGACGAUAGAAGGAGAGAUGAAUGGUGAGACCGUCGAAAUAGGCAUCGUUGGACCACCUGAGGAGAGAUUACUUGGCGUAGAGGGGGUAGAAGGUGCUGUCGGCCCACGCUUCAGGAAGCUGAGUCCCUCCGAGGUCGAGGACUACCUCACCAAUCUGUAG